CUAAUGUAUAUCACAAUAUCUUUAAAUAAUAUCUCUCUACUGUAUAUCGCAAUAUCUUCUUGCUAUGGUAUAUUAGCUGUGAAAAGCCGAUAGCCCUGGGCAUUCCUGGCUUGCUGCUGAAUAGGACUAAUUAGAGGGAAUAGCAGUCGGCACACACUGCCAGAGACAAGACACAACCCCUCACAGUUGUAUUGGUGUUGCUUUUGUACAGCUUGGGUUCAGAUGGAAGUCACAUGACCAGCUCGGCACCGAGCAUGCCCGAACUAGCUCAGAGUGGAGCUUAAUACAAGAGCUGGGAGAACACGGAGCUUGAGAUUCAUCCCUGUCCGCCCGCCCGCCUGCCUCUUGCUUCUGCCUCCUUGCUCCUGUCUCUCUGGGUGCCACGGUGCUGCAAGCCAGCACACCAACCGGCAUAGAACAAAAUCCGCAUCGCUCACAGAAUUUGAGAAAAGUUUGGUCAUUGUAACGGAGGCAACAGGGUGCUGGCGAUCGUUUGGAAGGUCUCUCCUUCUCCCGUCGUAACCCAUCUCCAGCAUGGAGGGCUGGCAUCUAGUCCUAGUACAGGCACGACUCUGAAUUGCACAAAUGGCUGGGAACAGUUCAGAGCGAGGAGCAGCAUGUCUCACGAGGCUUUCCCCAAUUGUCUGGCGCUUCCCACACUCCAGCCUAAAAGGAUGGUCAGGAGGCAAGCAAAGCUGCCAACAGGACAUCAAAGGUCAGUACUGGACUGAUGAGGAUUCUGAUGGGGAUAAUGACUCCGAUGAGUUUCUGUAUGGUGUGCAGGGGAGCUGUGCGGCUGAUCUGUACCGACACCCACAGCUCGAUGCAGACAUUGAGGCGGUGAAGGAAAUUUAUGGAGAGAAUUCUGUCUCUGUCAGAGAAUAUGGAACGAUUGAUGAUGUGGAUGUGGACCUACACAUUAACAUGAGCUUUCUUGAUGAAGAGAUUGCAACGGCUUGGAAGGUAGUGAGGAUAGAGCCCAUUGUACUCAGACUGCGAUUCUCUCUGUCCCAGUACCUAGAUGGACCUGAGCCAUCGGUAGAUGUUUUCCAGCCAUCCAACAAGGAAGGAUUUGGUCUGGGAUUACAACUAAAGAAAAUUCUGGGAAUGUUUACAUCUCAGCAGUGGAAGCACCUCAGCAAUGACUUCCUAAAGCACCAGCAGGAGAAGAGGCAGAGUUGGUUCAAACCCAGCGGCGCAGUGAAGAAAUUCCGAUCAGGCCUCAGCAUCUUCUCUCCCAUCCCAAAAUCUCCAAGCUUUCCUCUCAUACAGGAUUCUGUACUAAAGAGUAAACUUGGGGUUCCCGAUCUCCGGGUCAAUCGUAUUAUUAACCGUUCCAUCUCUUGCACUAUGAAGACCCCCAAGCCUGAGCUCUUUGGAUACCCCUCUGCAAAUCAGGCUGGGAGUCAUUGUAAGAACAUUCCAACAUUAGAGUAUGGCUUUCUCGUACAGACUAUAAAGUAUGCAGAGCAAAGGAUUCCCACUUUGAACGAAUACUGCGUUGUCUGUGAUGAACAACAUGUCUUUCAGAAUGGCUCAAUGCUGAAGCCUGCUGUGUGCACACGGGAACUCUGUGUUUUCUCAUUCUACACACUGGGAGUGAUGUCUGGAGCAGCGGAAGAGGUGGCCACAGGAGCAGAGGUGGUGGACCUGCUGGUGGCCAUGUGUCGAGCUGCUCUGGAGUCCCCGAGAAAAAGCAUCAUCUUUGAGCCUUACCCCUCUGUCGUGGACCCAAGUGAUCCCAAGACCCUCGCGUUCAAUCCCAAGAAGAAGAAUUACGAGCGACUGCAAAAAGCCUUGGAUAGUGUAAUGUCGAUUAGAGAAAUGACACAGGGAUCGUACCUAGAAAUUAAAAAGCAAAUGGACAAGUUGGACUCUUUGGCUCACCCAUUGUUGCAAUGGAUAAUCUCAAGCAACAGAUCCCAUAUUGUGAAGCUGCCGCUCAGCAGACAGUUGAAAUUCAUGCACACAUCACAUCAGUUUCUCCUGCUGAGCAGCCCGCCCGCCAAGGAGGCUCGCUUCCGUACCGCCAAGAAACUCUACGGCAGCACCUUCGCCUUUCACGGCUCACACAUUGAGAACUGGCAUUCGAUUCUGAGGAAUGGCCUGGUCAACGCAUCUUACACUAAAUUACAAUUCAAGUAUUUGCUCACCUGUAGUCGUAACGAUCACACUGCUGUCUCUUACAAGCUGCACGGUGCAGCCUAUGGCAAAGGCAUCUAUCUCAGCCCCAUCUCCAGCAUUUCAUUCGGUUACUCAGGAAUGGGCAAAGGGCAACACCGCAUGCCGUCCAAGGAUGAGUUGGUACUUCGUUACAACAGGAUGAACACGAUUCCCCAGGUAACAAGACCCAUUCAAUCCAGAUUCUUACAGAGUCGAAACUUGAAUUGUAUAGCACUUUGUGAAGUUAUAACUUCAAAAGACCUCCAGAAACACGGGAACAUUUGGGUCUGCCCUGUCUCGGACCACGUCUGCACGCGUUUCUUUUUUGUGUAUGAGGACGGUCAAGUUGGUGACGCCAACAUCAAUACUCAGGACCCCAAAAUCCAGAAGGAGAUUAUGCGUGUCAUUGGCACUCAGGUUUAAACCAGCCAAACUUUGCAGAACCCUGACAGAACCAUCUGAAAGAUGCCCUCCACAGAUCUGAGACCCACCUCAAUCAUUUCCCAAUCUUCCUUCCCUGGGCUUUCGCAAGAAUUCUUUAUAAAUAUUUUCAGCAGGAAAGGUUUUUAAAGCCAGAACAAAAGAGAAAUCAAAGCAUCGUUUAUCUCAAACCAUGCAUCAGUGCUGUAAUGGUGUUAUGAUACAUGUAUAUAUAUUUAAAUAUAUAUAUAUAGAAUGUGCUUUUUUGUAUGACUGUAUUGUGUAUGUUUGACAGGAAAAUGUCAUCAGUUUCAUUAAAUUAUAUGUAUGAAAAAUAAAUAUUUUGCACAA